UCGUGUGCUUCGGUACGUCGUGGUCGUGCCGUUCCCGGGUGCAUUAAACCCUUUACUGCGUGUGUGUGUGGCGGGUGUGUCCUGUUCAGAUCAAACUACUAGCCUUUGCUGCUGCUGCUGCUCGAUAGUACCGUUUCGGGCCGGGACGUUUCGGCGGUUCGACGUGGUAUGUGGAUUAUUUCCUGCCAAGGUGCGUGUGCUCUAGGAUAAUCAUACGGCUUUUCAUCGCUUCUGUCGUCGUCGUUGUCGUCUUCGUUGUCGUCGUUGCCGCGAUUAUGUCCAGUAGCGUGAGACGUCCGGAAGUUUUCAGUGGAACGCAGAAAUCGUGUUCGGUUUGAGCUGCUGCAGCAAUUCGUCGAGAAAUAAGUUUUCUCCCGCCUUGGUCCGGAAGGGAUUUCAGUGUCGCAACUUGUCCGAUUUGAGUUGGUUAUUUUUCUGUUCUUAUAUCUCAGAAAAAACGUCAUUUUACCUGAGCAAAGUGUUAAACAUAGCCAUCGGUCCGGUGGGAGGGAAACGGGAAAGUGGCAGUGAGUUUGCACCGCAAAUCCUCGUCGAGAGUACAGCCUAAGGAUAUACAGCACCCUACAGUUACGUCGUGGAAAAGGUGAUCCUGCGCUGAGUGAAGGUACAGAAGCAACAAAAAAGCGGAAUAAGCAAAUGCAGCAUUUUUGCAAUUCAAAUAUUGGCCAGUUUAUGGAGUUGCACUUUGUCAGUAUGAGCGAUAGUUUCCGGCCAGGGGUGGAAAUGAAGAUGCUUUGACUGUCGGUGUUGGUUCCGAUGGCAUCGUUGGUGUAAUGUUAAAUUUAUCCCGACACGGUUGUGUGUAACCCAGCGGACAAGGUUACCCUGAUUUGCAUGUCCGUGUUUGUGGGAAUGCUCUUCUCCCGCCCCGGCCCCACAUUCCCAUUGCAGGCCUGAAAAGCAGGCUGUGUACUUUUGGAUGGGACGAAAAGAAAGUGAGUUUUGUGUCAAAUCGAAUUAGAGUCAAUCACCCGAGAGGAUUCGUCAAAUCGCCGGAGAAAAAAAGAUUCUUCCUGACCGAAUUCCAACUAGGAUAUUCAACUGAAAGUGUAUUGUGAAAAAGGUUGCCUGAAUUUGAAUGUAAUUCUAUUUUUGGUUACGGAAAAAAGGCCACUGAAGCAACUGCUUCGACGGUAGCGAGAAAAAUUGUGAAAAUAUGCUAGCAAAUGUGAUCAACCUGCCGUGAAGAUAGAUUGCAGUGAGUGUUGAGAUCUGUUUUUGUUCCGUCUUCGAUUCGAGAUAAAAAGUUAAACCUUCUGCCGGGUGUCCGCAAAACAGGUGGAUUCUCUCUCGGAAAGGAUAAUGUGCACCGAACGCUAGCGUAUGGUUGGAAGAAAUAAUACACUGCUUUUUGGAUCCGAGGGUGUAAAUUCACACGGAAAUAUUUUCGAUCGCAGGCCCUGGAAUGCAGUGCGAAACUGGGAAAUUUAACAGAAUUGAAUCACACCGAAGGGAUUAUUUGGGGUUCAAGCAGUUUAUCGUGAAAGCAUUUUAACUAGUGAUCAGUAGAGAUGUGUUAUUGAAUUUCAAAAUUGUUGGCUAUUGCUGUAGAAGUUCUGGUACAAGUUCCGUGUUAAGCUAAAUAGUUUCAUUGUGUAAUUGUAGUGUAAUUGUAAAGGUUGUAAUUGCUGUUUCGUGUGAAAAAAUCGUGUGGUGCUCCGAAAGACUGACUGGCUCAAAUUCAUACAUAUCACAUAGGAAAUAGGAUUUAAAAACUAGUAACAAUCAAAAGUCGCACCUUUUGUUCGUUACGGUGCCACUUUCAAGUACGUACACACCUCACCAAAAAAAAACAGAAAGCACCAGAAACAGCCGGUUUUCGCUUCUGCUCCAAGCAAGCAAACUCAAAAAGGUGGAAAAAGGAAGCAAACAUUACAUAUCAUCAUGCUAGUGACACUGCUGAGAUUCGUUUCCGUCGUUCUGAUUCUUGGAUCGAAUAUUAAGACUGCAAUAGCUAUUUUAAACUGUAUAUUAGCGAGACAACUUUGUUUCGAGGACCCAUCAUGUUCCGCCAUCCUAGAGAUCAUUCCCCGCGUGUGCGGUCCAGUGCCAGUGGCCUGCAGUACGGUGACGGUGACCAAAUGCCAGGCGGCCCUGCGAACGCUUCAGGCAUUCCCAUUUUUUCGACCAACCUGCCUCUGCAAGGAGCCCGGGAUCGAUCCGGACUGUAACUACUUUCGAGACUUUCUGUUCGACCAUCCGUGCGGCUUCGUAUCCAAAAAGGAAAAAGACCCCUACCCGGUGGACGCCCUUCCGACGUGCAAUCACGCGUUGUCCGUCUGUCAGCAGGAACGCAAGUGCAUCAAACUGUUCGAGGACUUUAAAACGCACUGCAAGGUGCGGGAAAACAAGUGCCGCAUGGAGGACAGGGAAUUGUGCUACGAAGCAUGGACUAAUCUCCGAUUAUCGCCGAUGUUUGGCUGUAUCUGCCCGAACAACCACAUGAAGCGCAGAUGUGAUAAAAUAUUUAGCGUUGUUAACCAUAAUCCCUGCGUUGAUGUUCUACCUUCUGCACUAGACACCUCUUCUGGCACCGCCACCAAUUCAAUAUAUCCGAAUUUCUUUCCAUCCGACAUAAUCGAAGAUCCGCCACCGACCAGCACCUAUCCGUACUUCCUGUUUCCUUCGAAAAAAUAUCCUCCCUCGGCCUUCCAGUCGGAAAUCUACGGCGGAGCCGAUUACAUUAACGUUCCGGCUGGCAGCACCAACCACUCCCACCAUCGAUCCACCUACCAUCCAACCCCGAACGAUCCCCACGGGAAUCGCACUGCACCGCAUCAAGCACCUUCACCACCACCACCACCAGCACAGCACCACUUUAGUUCUACUAAACACAAUGAGCACAAUUUUGACAGCACCGCUAGCAAUAAUCCGUACCAGCACGGUAAGCACCAGCACUCGUCGGCACCCGCCUCAAACUUGUCAAUCGACGGCACCGAACACCACCGGCAUCAUCAGCAUGAGCCGGGCGAAACUUCGGCAGGGGCCGGUGGUGGCUCAUCGUCCUGGAGUGGCAUCCAGGUGCCGUCCGAUCUGCGACAACGACUAGAAAGCGUGCGAGCGAUGGGCAUGGACGAUAAUUAUCAUCGCUUGCUGGACCAAAACAUGGCGUUGAUCGACACUCCGCUGGUGGCCCCGGCCCAUGCGUACUUCCCGCAACACUUCAAGACGGCCCUGUAUCCGUAUAACAUCAGCGGCUACCACCACCAACACCAGCACCAGCAUGGGCUCCACGGGGGCCAUUUCGGUACGGUACACGGCAACGGGGCCCACAAUGGGAACGGGGACGGUAAUGGCGAUUAUCUGGCCGCUUCCGUGUCCUCGCCAGUCGACAACAUUCUGAUCAGCAUGAACGGAGACGGGAACGGGGCCGACGCGGCAAUUGAGUACGGAGGAUUCUACGACAAUGCAAUCGAACGACAAAUCGGAUCCGAUGAUAUCGAGGAAAAGGAGGCCGAGAUGAGUUUUAUCCAUUUUCAGAGCACCUGUCAUCUAUCGCUUGACGCGUGCCGAGACGACCAGGUCUGUUCGAGUGCUCUGAAAACCGUCCUGAUGCACUGCGAACUUCACCGCUGCAACCGAAACGCCUGCAUGGAAUCACUGCAGGGCUUCUACAAAGGCAUUCACGACGAUCUAAGCUUGGAUAUUGCAUUCUGUUUAUGCAGAAAAACUCCAAAUCGUCACGAUAGCUGCAUGAUCGCUCAGGAGAAACUUCAUCCGGCCUGUGCUCAACGGCCACCGGAAAACAUCACACCCCCGAGUACCAAUGGAGUAGUCUACAGUCCUCCACCAUCCUGUCAUACGGUGGCCGAGAUGUGCCGGGAAGAUGAAGACUGCCGUGCACGGCUAGAAGUGUUCGAGCAGUCCUGUGCAGUGGACAGUGUUACGAAGAAGUGCGCCGGGAAGACUAGCGCUUGCAGGCAAGCUAUGCUGGGGAUUCUGGGAACACCGUUGCGAACGAACUGCGCCUGCCAGGGAUCGGAUCUGCAGCAGCUGUAUGACUGUCUCGGUUGGCAAAGGCUCCUAUGGUUGAAUCCCUGUGUCGUUGAAUCUCAGAAGGAUUUCCAUUUGAAGCGUUUGGCGGAGCUCGGAUUGUUAACAACGACCACAACUCCAAAACCUACAACGACUACCAUUCGUACCACGCGAGCUACUCCGCCACCGACGCCACCUCCAACGAAACCGAAACCUGUGUACCGUCCUAAACCAACCGAGAUGCAACCAUUCGAGACAAACUACAUCGAAACCCCGGAUACUCGACCGGAAACGCUGGUUCACAAGGGGAACGAACUGAUAGUUCGAACCGAUCUGGAUCCGCAUCCUGACGAAUACGAUACCAACGGGAAGCAUCUACUUCCGGAAGAGGAGGAUCACGAUUUCCUGCCCUCGUCGAAUGGUGGUGGUAGCAACAGGAUCAAUCAGCGACCAGACGAACAAGUCCUGCACAUGCUAACUACUGAAUUGAUUGAGUUCGAAACGCUACCACCAACGACUACUACUACCACUACUACCGAACCUACAACGACUCCAGUACCAAUUCGAUACUGCGUCGUUCAACGAUCUCAUCAGUCAGAUCAACUGAUCGCGGAAAACAAGAGUCGACGGUUGUACAUGCUGGAUGACGCAGAAUGCAGCGAACUCUGCACCUGCGGCGGUGGUGAUUCGUUGGCUUUGACCUGUCAUGCGCUCUGCGUUCCACUGGCUCCGUGCCGAACAUCUCUGGCGUAUUACAAUCAUGCAGCGCCAGCAUAUCAGGCCUUCCGAGGACGUUGUCUGUGCUAUUCGGGUCGAUUCAUCUGUAUGCGUCCGCCUCCGGGAGAAUACUUACUACCGGCAGGUGGCAUCUUUCUGUUACUAGGUUAUAGUUCUACCGAUGAAGCACUGUUAAGACCGCACACUAAUUUAGGAGUUCAGGACGCUGUCCGAGCACUGCAGCAGUACGUACUGCAACACAUCAACAAUGAGACUUCUUGUACAUUAACACUGUUCAAUAUCACUGAAGAGAACAUCAUUCUAUCGAUAAGACUACCCCACGACCCCAAGCUCACAAACCUAGAGUUACUUAGGCUAGAGAAGGACCACUGUACAAAAAUCCUCGAAACCAUUAGCCACCAGAUCAACACCCAGCACGUCGAGAUGUCCGCCCACCGUCUGUUGAGCAUCUUCAAGAUGGCCGAGGUGCAGGUAGUUUGGCCGGAAGUGAGUCAGGCCGGACCACCGUACGAUCGGUACCGCCAUCAGCUGCUCAUCCUGAUAGCCCUGACCGCCGUUUCAUUCAUGCGAUGGCGACAGCAGCUAUUGCAAUGGCCGGUUACGUGACGUUAAGCUCGUAUCACACGCUAGCGUCACAUCAGCACCAGCAACACCAUCAUCAUCAUCAUCAUCAUCAUCUGCAUCGUCAUCAUUGAAUGUCAUCACCACAAUCGCAUACGAUAUCGUCCAAUAUCUCCAAAUACGCUUCGUUUUCGGCUUCACCAUUACUAGAGAUAGCAGCAACAGCAGAUUCAAGCGCCCAUCAUCUCAUCUAGGGUUGUCGUUGUGAGAGAAAGGUUUGUAAAAAAGAAAACAACUAUUACUCAAUAAUACAUUAAGCCAUUGUUACACUAUAACCAUAUUAAUAACUAUAUUGUGGAUGACAGAACAAACACAUCUAGGGAAAAGUUACGUUUUUUACCAAACAAUAGCGUUGGAGUUUGUAUAAAAUAAAACUGGCAGUUUCUGGUUUGUUUAUCAAACUUUAUUUUCUACUUAGAUAAGUAGGAUUCCUUCAACGGAUUAAAACAUAGUCAUGGUAUGUUUGCGUGGUUGACUGGUGGAGUGCCUCGAUGCUCUCGAACACUGUUGCGCAGUUCAGAUAUGUAUAGCGAAAUAAAUAUAUGAUUUGUGUUCGUCGUUAGUUCGUGUGUAGUUAGAUGAGCGUUUUCCACUACCGAUUCCUAGUCAAGUCAUCUCUUCAGCGGGAACUCAGCUUACAAUGGGCGAAAUGAAAGAAAUCAAAGCCUGCCCGAACAAAACUAGAAAACUUUGAUGUGACUGUUUGUUAUUCAAUAUUUGACAUGGUUACCUGAAAACUCCUGAUUCUUCUUUCCAGUUUCAUUGAACAUUUUCCUAAUAAAUAACCAAUGAGUGGUUGGGAAGAUUGAUAUUCUCCAAAAGCUCUUUUUUCUACAACUUAGAGUUAUCGUUGUAUUGGUAAUGAAAACCUGAUGGUUUUGGUAGGAAAGUGGAAAAUUCAUUAGAUUCAAGUCUAAACAAAUUUGAAUUUACUCAGGACAUCGCUCCGUGUCAGAUAAAACCUUUGUCAGGAAAGCUGACUGGAAUCCAUUUACAACAAAAUAUAAGAGAAGAUCACAAUUCGUUUAAUAAUUUGAUUUGAGUUUAAUCUGAGGCGAAUAUAUCCUAGGACAGGACCUGACUACUGUUAAUCUACUUUUCGAGUCAGUUCAGACCAAGACUAAUUUCAGAAAGCCAGUGACUGGCACAAUUCAGAACGCAGCAAGUGAUUAUAAAUAUACUUUUCUACCCAGCGCUUGAGCGAAAGAAUUGGUAUAGAGCGAGACGACUACUGUUUGUUGUCUGAUGAACAUAAAAAGAUGUUCGGAUAUAUGAUACCGGCCGUGAGGCGGCUAGGAUUUUAAUCAUGUUCGAUGUACGCUUUACCAGACCUAGUCGUGUGUUAGAGCCGUGUCUAUCACAAGGCUUAGGAUGGCGAUAUGGUAGCGCGUAAGCACGGAAUACAUAAGAACGCAGGUUCGAGUUCUGUCUCUAAGUGUAUCUUUUUUUCAAAAAAUAAUCAUUUCUGUGAGUUUUUCAUUCAUUUGGCUUCUCCAGUAUAUGUUUCCUCUCAGUCAUUGCAAAAACUGAACUUAGUUAUGGCGACUUUACGUCUUUACGUUUCAGAGAAAUUCUACACAGAACUUUGAGCGGUUUGUUAUUUUGAUUGUCGUAUUGUUUAUAGACGAUAUUUUAUUUCAUCAGAAAAAACAACACUUAAAAUAUAGAAAAGUUCCCACCUCUAAGUGGACAUCAUGCUCAAUUAGUUUUGAUAUUUCAGAUUUUGGUGCAUGCUAAACGCAAACUGUUAAACAAUAUUGAAUUGGUAACCUUUUCCGUCACGAGAUGGUGUAACUGUGAUGUCUUUUUCGAUUUGUAUUGGAUUUCCUGGAGCAAUCAAUAUUGAUAUAUAAUACGUUUAAUUCUACCGCUAAUUUCGCAUAAUAGCAAAAUGCAUUAACUAAACAGAAGAGAGUAGGAUCCUUGUGGCUUCGAAUCAUAGGUAGAAGUCGUUUUUGUGACCAUUAUUUCAUGUAUACUUCGCUGUUCGUCGAAACGGUUUGCAAUGAAGUGUUCCAAAAUCUUACCGCAGUUACAAAUAGCUUGUCGAACUAUAGCAUUCUUAUCAAAAUUUUCAACUUAAAUUGGUGUCUCGAACUGUCAGGGCUUGCAAAUUAAAGCAACGAAUAAUAACAAAAGAGUUCCAGCCCUCUGUACUAUUUACACACAUUCGUAUAUCUGGUAAAAUUCACAGCGCAACCCAAGCAAGGAGAGAUGCUUGGUUCGUUCAUUAAUUUAUGAAUAUAUGCGUCAGCUGAUAGGUGGGUUAAAAUGCAAAAUUCUAUACAAUGUUGGAAAUAUUUCUAAAAAGUGACCUUAUUUAGUCUUGGAGUACAACCAUUAUGUUCAAAAAUGAUUUCUGUAAACCUACACUGAGAAAACACCAUAAACAUUGCCUGUAUACGGCAAUAUAGCUCCAAAGCUGUGCCAUUUUCUUACUCACUACUACCAGUCACAUCAGAGUUUUCAGUGCGUCAUAACUUAUAAGGCUAACUAUGAUUUCAUCCAUCGAUUCAUUUCUUCUCAUUGACACAUUUUUGACGGAGAACUUCCUCCCUGCGGUAUUUUAGAUCGAUUCGGUAGAAGAGAAAUGCAAUUUCUGACUAGUUCUAGUCAACGCUUUAAUCCUACAGUAGACGAUUGUGCAGCGAUCGAAAAUGAGUUGGGAAUGAGAGUGUAGAUUUUGAGUGUCCGGUGCUGAGCAAUUGGGACUGGUUGUUUUGGUGUGCGUGUGUCUAAUGCCGAGCAAGGACAACAAUAGUGGAUUUUUACAGAUUUCAGGUGCGUGAAAAUUCGUAGAAAAACUAGAUUGGUACUUUCAGAGAAGGAAAAAGCUUCGAAAGGUUGCAGAAUCAAGUACUGUAUUAUCAGAGCAAUUCGAAAAUAUUUGUCAACUAAACUAUAUCGCAUGUCGUGUUUUCUUGUGUGAUGACAAGAUUAUGUUACAUACAAUUGAUUUCUAACUUCGAGACAUCAUAUUAAGAGGCGGUCGCUUGGAGUAGUGUGUCAAUCGCACAUUAACAUACAUGUAAUGCUCAGGUACCAAUCAGAUAUUUAUUGCUCAUAAAUGACAUUUGAGCAUAUUCAUUUCCAUUCUGAAGCACAAUACGGAGCACUCCUGGACACAAUAUCUGCGUCGAUUGCACAAUCAAGAGCACAGUUUAUCAUUCUGGUUAUUACAUCUUUUAGACUGAUCUUGCGAAUAGCAACAUAAAAAGGAGUUCUUGCGUUAAACUCAAAUUUAGAGUAAGAGUUACUCACUAUCAUUAAUGGUAACUUUUCAAUUUUUUUUUGCGUUUCCAUGUAUCAUUUGAAAAUGAGUAACUAGUACUCAAACUGUGAGUAACUGUUUCUAAGCGUGUAGGUUUCGUCGGUUGUCGCGUCGAUACCCACUUGUAUGUGCCUGGCAGAGUUCCCCCCAUACGUCUGGCAGAAUGCCGACAAGAGUCUGACAACAAUGCAACAACCAUUUGCGGCUGAGAAUUUCAUCUAGCGGUUAUUAACGGUUUUGCUACUGUCGGAUUUUUGUCAUACUAGACUGGCAGGACCUUUCCUAAUUUUGAGCGGCUUUUGUGUUAUUUUUUUCAUUAAUAUUCAAAGCUUCUUCUCUCAAUUGACCAGUAUUUUCAUUUCAUUUACCUGGUCUCAAGGCUCGUUUUCAUGUUUGGAUGUACAUGCAGUAUUGACGAAUAUCAACUAAAAUCGAACAGAAAAAAAGAAGGAAGAGCGAUCUUGCAAGACGUGGCGUGGCGGGAGAAUGACGUAAUUUUGACUGCAAACUUUUGACAGCUGCCGUAAUCUUGUCAGGCUUCUGACGACUGCCAGAAUUUCUCACAAGCAGGUAGUCUGUUUUAUUUCGUUUUUGUCUUGAAUACGACUUACUUUACUAUGGAGCGCCUUUUCAAAAUUUUCCCUGUACAAAGGAUUGGGCAGAACUUUAUCGCGAAUAUCUUUUCAUGUACUCAACAACAUAUUUUUUUCUACAAGCUAUCGGCAAUAUGAUCAGGAAUUUGUGAUUAAAUUUUCAACAGUGUGAGUUAACCAUAAAUAAUCGAAAAACAACGUUUUCUAAAACUUUUGGAAAUAAUGAGAAAAACUCGUCACGCUUGCUCACCUUUUUCGCACCCGGACGACGGUUUUGAGGUGGUCAAGCACAUAUCAGUUCCGAUUAUAUACUGGACGAGUAUAAAAGGUAAACUUUGAUUGAAAAUCGUCCUGAAUGUCAAGGUGAAGUUCUCUCACAAACAUCAGUAAGAACAAACCAAUUAUAAAGUGUGAAGCGCUCAGGUCGUGCUUUCAUUUGGACUUCGAUCGUCGGAAGCAACCGUCGUCAGUAAUGAUAGCAGACCUUUGCGUGGUACAAAACCUUAAACGCUCAGGUCGCAGAGCCAGUUUCAAAGAAGAUCAUCAUCCUGCUGCUGGUCGUUUGCAUUAGAGUAAAAUGCAACGAAAAAUGAACAACAAUGGGGAACAUUAUGCAAAUUCAGCGCUUCUAAUGGCUGCAAAUUUUAUCUAAAGAACUAUAAAAAUUGCUUUUUUACAAAUUACAUCAAUGUAGUUGCAAAUCUGGGAUAAUCUGAUUAGCUUUGUGCAAUUUUUGCAGUGCUAAAAUCGUCGCAGUGUUUACUAUCGUUUAUACCCAAUCAGUGUUUAAUAUCUUAGAGGUUUACAUAAUUUGGCCCUUCUGAAUGUCAGAAAUUACACUGAUAGUUUCUUUCACUGUAAUAUUCAAAUCCAAAAUGAAAUAAUUGACAUCAAAAUUCUGUAUGUUGUUAUUUAGAACCAUAUUUGUAUACCCAAAGAAUUAUGUGAAAUUUUCUGUUACUAUACUGUAUACGGCCCAUUUUUUCAACCAGUUGCAGUUUGUGGUAGAACUUUCUGCUGAUUUGUUUUAUAAAAUGCAUAGCACUUACUCAGAAUAGAUUCGAACUCAACUCGUCACUCUCCAUCACGAACGCCUUCAUAAAAUGUUCUUUUCAGAACCACUGAAGUCAACUGCACUGCCUGAAGUCAACAACAAUUGUAUUCUUUCAUGUCGGCGGUAGCUUUUGUUCGUUUGGUUCUCUCAAUUUGAGGUCGUUCUAUUGUUCACUACACAAUACUGUACUUGGUUUCUUCUACCCCGAACGUAAGCGGUUUUGAUUUAUCGACUGACUUGGAUGAGAUGUUAAAGCGAACUGAUUACAUUAAUUUGACUAAAACCAAAAAAUAGUUUGGUUUUUUUCAAUAGCCAGUUUAGCUUAUUUUUUAAAAACGAUGUACUCAAUGUGCUUAUUUGUCUGAUAAUUAUCUGUCAAACUGAAAAAUAUACCAAAAAAUUCCUGGAUAGCUGUGAAGUUUACCAAAAAUCGAGCACUCGGAUGUUGAAAUCUCGGCAAACUAGCAAUUGAUUUCAAAUCAAACCAGUUUGGAAUUCCACAAACAGUUUUAGUAAUCAUUGCCUACGAUUUUUGAGGUAACACAAUUGUGAAAACAGAACUAUGAAAACAUUUCUUUUCAUACAACUACUCCCGAAAAGAGUGAUAUUUUGCUUUUGAAAUUAAUUUGGAAUUACGAGGCAUAUUGGAAAAGAAAGGCCUUUCAUUCCAAAGCUGUAAUACGUUAAAACUUGUACACGAUGUUGUUUUAAUUCAGAAGUCAUUUGCCUAUCUGUGCAUGCAGUAAACAAUGUCCGCGAUAGUCUAAAAUAUUUCCGUUAGUAGAGAAAAUCGCGUUCCCGUGUGCAAAUGAUUUUUAGCUUCUGAAAACUAUCGAAAGUUAUUCGAAGUCAAUGAUGUUUUUUCAUCUAAUCAUAAAGUUUGUUCACAUUUUCGUUGGCAUGAUUAUCAUAGUCAUGUCAAAGGCGACUACAUCGAGCCAAUCCGUGCAUCAUGUUUUUAAAUUUAGCUGGGCAUUUAGAAAACCAAGGGAAUGAAAUAGCACACUAAUGAACUGUUUCGAUCAAUUAAAAUGUGCAUAUCCUGAUCUUUAUCCUGAUUAAUGAAUGUUUCUUCUCAGUGGACUGAAAUUAUAUAAAUUUCAAUUACCUACCAGAGCAGAGAAAAAAAAAACAAUUUCACUUAAAAUACUAUUUUGCUACCACACAAAAAGCAACAGUCGCAAUCGUGUAUCGAUUUUCACCAAUCCUUCCGACGGUAAGGAUCUACCGCAAGCAUAACAUAAAAAUGGAAGAAGAUAAUUAAAUUCAAACAAAAACCAAAAUACCCCCGGUACUGAUACGAAGCAAAAAAAAACACAUUCGGUUAUCCUCCUGAAACAUGAUAUGUUUAUUCAGUAGCACAGAAACCGGAGCCAGACACUCAAUGGCCGUCCCAGUAUGGACGCACUGUCAGUCGGAUGAGCGCGGGUGAAACAAAGUCAGACAUUGGAGCAAUUCAAUCAGACGCGGCCUUUCAUCCUGGCCCUGGCGUUGUGUCUGUUUCAUCCUAGCUGAUGGGAUUCAUCAGAUAACACUUUCAAAUAAUGCUUUUUGCAGUUUACUAUCGAAGAUAGAUUUCGACCGAAAACAAAUUGAAAUAUUAACUUGAAAACAUAAACAUUCGAAUAACUUUUCAAAAGUACCUCAAGGAAACCACCUACCACUGUUGACAGUAGUACUGUUCUUGAAUGACGAAGAGAAGAUGCUUGCUAGUGUUUUGUUACUAUUCAACAGUUGUUGUUCAAAAUAAUUCAGUACUUGAUUCCGACAUUCCUACCAUGGUUUGUAUCCCAAAUUCCGAAAUCGUGAAUGCUUGAGUGAUUUUUUGAGAGACGGACUGAGAGCGAUGAAAAGUAUGAUGUAUGACGAAUCCAAGCAAGAUAUGAUAAGAUCACAAUCGUAAAAAUAUGUCUUCCUGAAAACAAAAAAAACGUGUUUAAAAAUAGUACAUAUGUAAAAUCUAAUACACCUAAGAAAUAGUUUAUAUGUAAAAUUGAACGACACUGUCGUUAUCGUCGUCAUCGUCGUGGUCAUCGUCAUCGUCGCCGUUAUUACUGUCUACUAACAAAAUGAACCGAACGACAGACGAUCGACACCGUAGGUAUGUUAGACAACAACAACAGAAAAACCAACACUUAGAUAAUGCUGUUAUAAUAUGGAAAGUAAAACUGUUAGAAAUAUCAAACGAAAGUGGAACCUAAAAAAAUAUUCUAUGAGACCGAAAUAAUGUUAGCAAUAAAAAUACAACAGAAUCCAAUAUUUAGCGAGCAAAUCUAGGAAGCGAACUAGCUAAUUUUAUGAAUAUACUGUAAAUACUGAAAAUCUCUAGAGAUGGGUAAAAUCAUUAAUAGAAAUCCAAGUGAAAACAGAAGCGCUAUAUACAUAUAGAAAAAAGCAUGUUUAGGUGACAAAAGAAUUUGAAAAAAAAUGUGUGGCAGAUUAGUUUCCACAGCUGAAAUGUUUUUUACUUAAAAAUCCACAUCCCAACACAUUGUAUAUGGUUGCAUUAGAAGAAAAUGUGGGCAUUUUACCAAGCCAAAAACAAAGUAAUUGCUCUGAUUUCUGUCAUUACGCAUAAGAAAUAUUUUAACUAGCAUAAAACAAACAAUUCAACAUAAAGAAGAGGACAAAAACGAAACACAUACACACAUUUGAAACACUGAUACAUAUCAAUUUACAAAGAAUAGAAAUAAUGGCACUCUCCACUGAGGGCGAAGCGAACAUUAUUAUAUCAACACGUUUUAUUCUGCUAAAAUCGAACCAAACUAUUCACACGAAGAACACAUACACAACACACACAUCUACACGAAACGAACUCACACCAAUCUAACACGGAUUUGCUUUCUUUUUCUCACUUAUGUUCAGCAGUGUUAAGCGCUCUAUUGUUAGUUAGUUAGUCUCUUUUUCAGUCUAUAGCGAAUCCAAACAAAACAGUAGCAUCAUCCCUUGCAAUGAAAAAAAACAAACCAAAUGAAAUAAGACAAAAAAACAAACAAUAAGAAAUAGAAACUCUACAAAAUAACCGAUAGAAAGGGAACCAUUUUGUAAAAACGGAGAGUUGGGAACCUUGUGCUUGUAUACAAUCGUAGAAAGUGUGAAGGCCAGCAGCCAUCAGAACCAUUGAACAAUAACCGAUCUAAGACAUUAAGAACCCUAGAACUCAAUCAACCACAUUUCGAAUUUGAAACUAUCAUUACUGGGUUUGGUGAGGAGAAGAGAAACAGCUGAAAAAAAAACAACAAAACAAUCUACCACCCAAACCAAACUGAACAAACCAACAAAGCGUUUCAAACAAAAAAUCUUUUUCAUCCUGUUUCGUUCCGUUCCACGUUCUGACCACAAUUGAACAAAAACAAGUUAAAAACACGUUCCAAACCAAUACCAAUAGGUUACAUCGGAUCACAGCCGAACUUUACAACAGGAGUGGAAGUGAAACUGAUGCGAGCGAGAGAGAAAGAGAGAGAAAAACAGAAAAAAAAUAAAAUAUUUGUGCAUAUGUGUAAGGAAGUAGACGAAAUCAAAUCUUUUGUGAGCUACCGGUUGAAGGAGGGAAAUAAAAAGAAGAAUGUUUGAAAACUAAAA